GUUGAUUAACAUUAAAUGUACUUAUUUGAUAUAUGCUUCUUGGAUGGUAAAAUUUUCUUUAAAGAUUCUCUAGUGUGAAAAUUAUUCCGGUUUCGAAUAGAAACAUUGAGAUAUAAAGAUGAACAAAUAUCGUUAAUUUUUGCAAGCUACCUACGCAAAGUCUGUUAUGUACGAAUUUAGCUAAGCUUCUGGUCCAAAGUCCACCCAUUCAUUGAGGUAGGUCCGUGAUCCCGAAGCACAGAAAAGCGUAACCAAUUGAGAUAGGCGGCUUGGCCGACUGCAAAAACCGAAAACAAGUUGCAGGUAGCCGUAGCAAAGUUGGUGUUCGUUGUUCAUUUCAUUCAGUCGAAUUUGGCGAGCGGAACAGAACGGGUCACAACAAAACCAUAAAGAUAAACAUUUGAAACGUCCUUGAUACAAAUCGGCAAAUAUGUUAAGAAGAAGUGUCAACGUUGUUUGCAAAAGUGGUUCCUAUUGGUCAUCAAAUAGUAGAUUUCUGUCAACCGCGGUCACCCAUCAGAACAAACCGAAAAGCGAUGCAACAACAACCAAUCAUUCCUUUAUGGCCAACCUGUUCCGGGGAGAGAUUCGACCGGCACAAGUUUUCCCGUUCCCGGAAGCUGCCGAUGAGGAGCAGAAGGAUCUGAUCCGGUCUCUAGCCGAGCCGGUGCAUCGAUUUUUCGCAGAACAAUACGAUGCAGCCGAGAGUGAGAAGCUUGGGUCCCCCAAGGAAUCAAUCACCAACGCCCUCUGGGAGAUGGGAUGCUAUGGGCUGAUGGCACCGGAAGAGUACGGCGGACUUAAUCUGAGCAACACCGGUUACGCUACUAUGGGUGAUGCCGUGGGUGGCGUUGAUCUAGGCCUAGCCGUAGUUCUCGGAGCCCAUCAGAGUAUCGGCUGGAAGGGAAUACUUCUGUACGGAACCGAUGAGCAGAAGAAAAAGUAUUUACCACGGGUGUGCACCGGUGGAAGUGUAGCUGCAUUUGCGUUGACCGAACCGAGUUCAGGCUCUGAUGCCGGCUCCAUAAGAAGUCGAGCUGUGAAGAGUGCUUGCGGAAAGUUCUAUACACUCAACGGUUCUAAAAUUUGGAUCACCGGUGGCGGAGUGGCAGAAGUGUUCACGGUUUUUGCUCAGACGGAGGUUAUCGAUUCUAAGACGGGUCAAAAACGUGACAAAGUGACUGCGUUCAUUGUGGAGCGUGCCUUCGAAGGUCUAACUAGUGGACCCCCGGAGGAUAAGAUGGGUAUUCGUUGUUCAAACACUGCCGAAGUAUAUUUCGAUGACGUUAAGAUUCCGGUUGAGAAUGUUCUUGGAGGUGAAGGUAAUGGUUUCAAGGUGGCCAUGAAUAUUCUCAACAAUGGAAGAUUCGGUAUGGCCGGUACUCUUGCCGGAACAAUGCGAGUUUGUGUAACCAAAGCCGUUGAACACGCCAACAGCCGAGUUCAGUUCGGAAGAAAGAUCAAAGAGUUUGGAAAUGUCCAAGAGAAGAUCGCUCGCAUGGCUAUGAUGCAAUACGUCGCACAAACAAUGGGAUUCAUGAUUGCUGGGAACAUGGACAACGGGUCGAAAGAUUACCACUUGGAGGCAGCCAUUUCAAAAAUAUAUGCUUCUGAAGCUGCCUGGAUUGUUUGCGAUGAGGCCAUCCAAAUUUUGGGCGGAAACGGUUUUAUGAAGUCCAGUGGAUUGGAGAAGGUUCUCCGAGAUCUUAGGAUUUACAGGAUUUUUGAAGGAGCCAACGAUAUUUUGCGACUGUUCGUUGCUUUGACUGGCAUCCAAUACGCGGGAUCACACCUAAAAGAACUCCAAACUGCAUUUAAAAAUCCCACUGCCAAUUUGGGGUUGAUUUUCAAAGAAGGAUCUCGCAGAGCAGCUCGAAGCUUCGGUGUUGGAGGAACCGAUUUGACUCCUUUCGUUUGCGAGCCUUUGAGAGAAUCAUCGAAACUGUGCUCCGAAAGCAUCGACAUGUUUGCCCUCGGAGUCGAAGCGCUGCUGUUCAAGUUUGGCAAGAAAAUUGUCGAGGAGCAGUUCCUACUGACAAGGCUAGCAGACUGUGCCAUCGAUAUCUACGCUAUGGCCAGUAUUCUUUCCCGGGCGACUCGAGCAUUCAACAAUCGCCUACCCUCGGCCGACCACGAAGUUUUAAUGACCAAAGCAUUUUGUAUCGAGGCAAGAAGUCGAGUCAGCGACAAUCACAAACACAUCACAAGAAGUAUUCACCUGGAAAAUUACUCUAAUAUGUCGAGAAUAGCAAAGGAAGUGUGCGAUAAUGGAGGAAUAGUUCAUAAGUUACCGCUCGAAAUCAAUGCUUAAAUAAUUAUAUUAUUUUUGUUAAUUGUCAAAAUUUUAUUUAAGAACCAGUUUUGCGAAAAUAAUUUCAUUGGUAAAGUUGAGAGCAAUAUUUUUUUAAAUAAACAAUUUGAAGUUA